AUGUCUAUACUCUCUCCUAGCCGCCUCAAGGCGAAGCUUGGCCCUCACCUGCACCUGAGGGUGCCCUUUGAAAGUGGAAAGUAUGCCUCCAGAUGGUCCAAUAGGGACCUUGACCCAAUCCCUCCUGAGAAGCGGACCUGGGGCGCGAUCGACUAUUGGGCAUACUGGACUUCAGACAUGCUGGCACCGCCCCUUGCCUCCACCGUUUCCAGUGUCAUGUCGCUUGGCUUUACUGCUCGAGAGACGAUCCCCAUUGUCUUCUUCGGCUUCCUGAUCUGCAGCGUUGUCAUCACUCUCACUGGCAAAAUGGGUGCCACCUACGCUGUCCCAUUCCCUGUCAUUGUUCGAAGCAUUUUCGGAAUGUAUGGGUCAUUCCCAGCCAUUUGUAUUCGAGCCUUUGUGGCUUUGAUGUGGACUGCAAUUUUGACCGUACAGGCUGGUGCUUAUUUGCAGCGCUGCUUGGAGGCUAUCUGGCCAAGCUUCAUCCACUUCCCCAAUCACCUCGCUGCUGAUGCUGGAGUCACCUCUGCUGGACUACUGUGCAUCUUCUUGUACUGGUUUGCGCAGACCGCCCUUGCAAUCAUGCCUAUUGAGAAGUUGAGGAUCUUGUUCUGGGUCAAGGGUGUUAUCGUCCCUCCGACUUUCCUCGCUCUCUUCCUUUGGGCUGUGAUCGUGACAAAAGGUGGAGGGGAGUUGGUCACCGGGAAGAUGCAUAUUGAAUCGACAUACAUGAACACAGCCUACUCCGCUCUCACCGGCCUGAAUGCCAUUAUCGGCCUCUUCAGCUCCAUGGCUGUGAAUAUGCCCGAUUUCGGCAGAUUUUCUAAGGACAGACUGUCCGGAUAUAACCAAUACUUUGCUCUUCCUAUUAUCGGAACUCUUGGUGCUCUCACUCCUAUUUUUGUCACCUCCGCGAACUCGUACCUCUGGGGAAGCUUCGAGUGGUACAUGCCUGCUAUCAUUGCAAACUUCGACUCUCGUGCCGCGAAGUUCUUCGUGUCCUUCAGCUUCAUGCUUGCCACAAUCGGCAAUCAAGUUGCUGCAGGCACUUAUCCUUUCUCUAAUGAUAUCACUGGUAUCGCGCCGAAAUACAUCAACAUCUUCCGUGCGACCAUGUUCAUCUCCAUCUUCUGUAUCGUCUCGACCCCAUGGAACAUUGUCAAGAAUGCCGCAGGCCUGCUAGCCUUCCUCUCUGGAUACUCAUGCUUGAUGGGACCUCUUGCUGGCACUAUGGUCUGCGACUACUACAUCAUCAAGAAGCGCAAGCUCGACAUCGACCAGCUAUACACUAAUCGCGGAAUUUACUGGUAUUCGCACGGAGUUAAUUGGCGCGCGUUUGUCGCUUUUGUCACCGGCUUUGCGCCUCUACUUCCUGGAUUUGCCAAGAGCAUUAAGCCAACCCUCAACGUGGGAGGAGCAUGGAAGAUCUACACGUUUGCUUGGAUCUUUGGAUUCUUCAUUUCCAUGCUGGUGCACUAUGUCAUUUGCACAUAUAUCUCGGUGCCCAAAGAGUCUAUCAUCGAAGAGGCGGUCUACCCGCCACAGCUUGGCGAUGUCUCUCCGCCGUCCGAGUCCGUGGACUCUGGUAAGGAUGACUAUGUCACGAAGGAGAAAGAAAUCAGCCCCGUCUAGCCUGGAGGCGCAAACAAUCGUUUUGACGGUCACGAACUCAAGUUGUAAUGAUGCUCGAGAAUGGAGUUCUGUUUCAGUGUCUAGUAACAUGGAUCGAACCGAUAGGGCUCAAUGCAGUAAACUUUUCAACUCUGGUGCAUAUCCUAGGCUUGUAGCCACGCCAGCUCGGCGACCGGCUGCAUGGUGUCUGCUGAGAAAGGUCAAGAGCCUUAGCGGCUGGCGGCUGGCGUCUGGAUGCGGGUGUGGCUUUUGGGGGUUCGCUAGCAUGAUGUUGUGAUUGGUGACAACCUGCAUCUUAUCUCGAGGGUAUUGACGGCCUCUCUGCCGGGCCAGAGGCCCGGAGGUGUGCUGAAUUUGAAGCUGUUCAGACGAGCCCACGUUAUCGUCCUCAACCAUCAUCAUAGCCCUAUACUGGCCCAAAACUAGGGACCUGGGUAGCUCGUUAAGAGCACACGACACACCCAGCCCUGUAUAUAGCUGCAUCU